AUCCACACUGAACUUUCAAAAACAUCUUCCCGUACCCUCAGAUCCAAGUCUUCCUCCUUCCCCGUAUCCUUCCAAAUUUUUUCCAAUUCCACUACUUCCGUAUCGCCAGACUGUGAAACAGGUAUCAAGAGUAUCGCACUAGGGUUGAAUGCAGAAUAUGUCGGUAUCCAGACUGUAUCCUGA